CGUUUCUCUUUUUCGAGUAGUUGCUCCAAUCAGACUCACUGUGCAGAGGUGCGGCUGUGUUGGACCGCAGUGGCACGACGAAGCGGCGGAGAGACCAGCAGCAGUUUUGGUGCAUGUAGAGGCGGUGGUACCCACGGACGAAAGAGCAGAGACCCAAGGGGGAGGAAGGGCGAGCAGAUCCGUAGAGUCGGCGGUGGCUGGUAGACAAUAGGCUUCGCGGCAGAAGAAUUCUUUUUUUUUUUUUUUUCUUCUUCUUUUACCAUGUUCAAUUCUGUAUUAUUGAAGAUGAUUGUCUGUUUACAGAGGGACUUACAACAGUGUAUAUAUGAACCAAGGGGAUUAGGAAAAUAUAAUGUAGCUUAAGAAGAUGAGAUUCUAGUUGGCUAGUUUAUAGCACAACAUAUUUGGUAUUGCAGAUGAUAUGCACAAACACUACCACCUCUGCCAUUCGUGGACAAAAAUUCUUCCUCACGCUUCUUAACAACGCUACUACACUUCCUCAACUCCUUCAAAUUCAAGCCCAGUUGAUCCUCCAUGGUAUCCAGUAUGAUCUCUCUUCGAUUACCAAGCUUACCCACAAGUUCUUCGACCUUGGCGCCGUUGUCCAUGUGCGCCAACUCUUCAAUAAGGUUUCGAAACCUGAUUUAUUCUUGUUUAAUGUCCUUAUUAGAGGCUUCUCCGACAAUGGUUUGCCUAAAUCUUCGAUCUUUCUCUAUACCCAUUUGAGAAAAAGGACUAAUCUUAGGCCAGACAAUUUCACUUAUGCAUUUGCGAUUUCAGCUGCUUCGAGACUUGAGGAUGAGAGGGUUGGUGUCUUGUUGCAUGCGCACUCCAUUGUUGAUGGGGUGGCGUCAAAUUUGUUUGUUGGCUCUGCAAUUGUUGAUUUGUACUUUAAAUUUACCCGCGCUGAGUUGGCUCGUAAGGUGUUUGAUGUAAUGCCUGAGAGGGAUACGGUUCUUUGGAACACGAUGAUAUCUGGAUUUUCCAGGAAUUCUUAUUUUGAGGACUCGAUACGUGUUUUUGUGGAUAUGCUCGAUGUUGGUUUGUCAUUUGAUUCUACAACUUUGGCUACGGUGCUUACAGCAGUAGCAGAGUUGCAGGAAUAUAGGCUAGGGAUGGGUAUCCAAUGUUUGGCUUCAAAAAAAGGACUCCAUUCUGAUGUUUAUGUGCUUACAGGAUUGAUAUCAUUGUAUUCAAAAUGCGGGAAGAGUCACAAAGGAAGGAUAUUGUUUGAUCAGAUUGAUCAGCCAGAUUUGAUAUCUUAUAAUGCAAUGAUUUCUGGUUAUACUUUCAAUCAUGAAACUGAGUCGGCAGUUACACUAUUCAGAGAAUUGCUUGCCUCCGGACAAGGUGUUAAUUCAAGCACUUUGGUGGGCUUAAUUCCAGUUUAUUCGCCCUUCAACCAUCUGCAACUUACUCUCUUGAUUCAAAAUUUAAGCUUGAAGAUUGGUAUUAUUUUGCAACCUUCGGUUUCAACUGCUCUUACUACUGUUUAUUGUCGACUAAAUGAAGUGCAAUUUGCAAGGCAGUUGUUUGAUGAGUCUCCAGAGAAAAGUUUGGCUUCCUGGAAUGCCAUGAUAUCAGGGUAUACUCAAAAUGGGUUGACAGAUAGAGCAAUUUCUCUUUUCCAGGAAAUGAUGCCUCAGCUCAGUCCAAACCCUGUUACUGUCACCAGUAUUCUUUCAGCUUGUGCACAACUUGGAGCUCUAAGUAUUGGAAAAUGGGUUCAUGGCUUGAUUAAGAGUGAAAGACUUGAAUCUAACUUGUAUGUUUCUACUGCAUUAGUUGAUAUGUAUGCAAAAUGUGGAAGCAUCGUGGAGGCUCGGCAAUUAUUUGACUUGAUGGUAGACAAGAAUGUCGUAACCUGGAAUGCCAUGAUAACUGGUUAUGGUCUCCAUGGACAUGGCAAGGAAGCACUAAAACUCUUUUAUGAGAUGUUGCAAUCUGGGAUUCCACCGACAGGUGUUACUUUCCUUUCUAUCUUGUAUGCUUGCAGUCACUCUGGCUUGGUGAGAGAGGGAAAUGAAAUUUUCCACUCUAUGGCUAACGAUUAUGGUUUUCAGCCCAUGAGUGAGCACUACGCUUGCAUGGUUGACAUACUUGGGAGAGCUGGACAACUAACAAAUGCCUUGGAGUUUAUUGAAAGAAUGCCACUGGAGCCUGGCCCAGCUGUUUGGGGUGCACUGCUUGGCGCUUGCAUGAUUCACAAGAAUACAGAGAUAGCCAAUGUUGCUUCCAAAAGACUUUUUCAAUUGGACCCAGAAAAUGUGGGGUACUAUGUUCUACUUUCUAACAUAUAUUCUACUGACAGGAAUUUCCCCAAAGCUGCUUCAGUACGACAAGUUGUUAAGAAGAGAAAACUAGCAAAAACACCUGGUUGCACUCUAAUUGAGAUUGGCGAUCAACAAUAUGUGUUCACAUCGGGGGAUCGAUCCCAUCCUCAGGCCACAGCCAUUUUUGAGAUGCUAGAGAAGUUAACAGGGAAAAUGAGAGAGGCUGGAUAUCAGGCAGAAACUGUCACUACUGCUUUGCAUGAUGUAGAGGAUGAAGAGAAGGAGUUAAUGGUGAAUGUCCACAGUGAAAAAUUAGCAAUUGCUUUUGGUCUUAUUUCAACCGAGCCUGGAACUGAAAUUAGGAUUAUCAAGAACCUCCGAGUUUGUCUAGAUUGUCAUACUGCAACUAAAUUUAUAUCAAAGAUCACUGAGAGAGUGAUUGUUGUUAGGGAUGCUAAUAGAUUCCAUCAUUUCAAAAAUGGUAUUUGUUCAUGUGGAGACUACUGGUGAAAUUAACAUUCCAGUGGCAGUUAAGAUUUUUGGAUUGGAGGAACCAUAAAAGCCGGAAGCCAUUGACAUUUCAUGCAUGCAGUUGAAAUAAUUUUUCGAUUGUAGAUAUUAUGAUUAUUUUCAAAGAAGGUUAAACUUAACUCAGGAGAAUCAUUAGAUAUUUAUUGAUAUGCUAUGUACCAUGACAAUACAGGAUUAUACGGUUAUACUUGUCAGGUAGAAAUGUAAGAGAUACCAACUUAACCCUUUAUUAGAUUUCCAUCCAUUAGUUUUUCCCCUUUCGUUUAUUAUCAUCUGGGUUUUUUCCCCUUCAUAUGAGUUAUAGCACAGAGGUUUGCUUGUCAA